AUGCUUCACCGAAGCGAAAGCAAUGGUAUAUUGAAAACUGCCAAGACACCAUUACGGCGAAGUCGACUACUCGUACGUCCUGCGACCAUACGUGUUUUAUCAUUUCUGACAUUGGUGGCAUUGGUGAUACUACUGUCAAUUGAUAACCUAAAGCGGCUGUUUCAAAACGAGAACAUGAUUGGCGAGGAAGGCGCAAAGAUCAUUCAAUCUUUAUGUGAGCAACAUCAUCAACAACAACAAUCAGGCAGCAACAUGUUGGAGAAAUCAUCAAAUCAACUUUUAUUGGAACAUCAACGUGCAUCACAUACAGCAAAUGAGGAACAUCUACCCAUGGAUACAGUGAUUGACAACAACGUAUGGAGGGAUUUACCAGUCAAGGGUGCAUUUUACAUGGUGGUUGAUAGUGGUGAUCUACAGCAUAUUCGGGCAUCCAUUCGAAGUGUAGAAGACCGAUUCAAUCAUCGAUUUCGAUAUCCCUGGAUCUUGCUGAGCAAUCAACACCUUACUGCCAGUUUUCGCAAUUACAUCACCAAGCUCACCACUUCACCCAUAUUCUUCGGCAAGAUAGAUGCAGAGCUUUGGGAUUAUCCAUCAUGGGUAUCUGGAGUACGCGCUGAAGAUUACAUGAAGUACUUUUCUUCAUCCGAUGUAAAGCACGCAACGAGUUUUCUCUUUCGCCAGCGAUCGAGGUAUCAUGCAGGUUUCUUUUUUCAUCACCCUCUUUUACAAAAUGUCGAGUAUGCAUGGCGUGUCGAACCUGGAUCGGAUUACAGUUGUAUUAUGGAUACCGACCCUUUUGUGGAAAUGGAGCAAAGGAAUAAAACAAUGGAACGUGAAGAGCCAUUGGCGGUCCGAAGUCUUUAUCCUUUAACGUUGCAAUUCAUGAAGGAGAAUAUGCAGUUGAUGACACCACUCAAGGAGAGCCUCUUUCCAUGGCUUGUUGAUAACAAGGAUCCAAUGUAUGCAAAAGCAAAUGGCUUCAAUUAUUGCCAAAUCGAGUCGAAUUUCAUGAUUGUCAAGCUGUCGUAUCUGCGUUCGCCUGAGUAUCAGAACUAUUUUUCGUUUCUCGAUAGCACUGGCGGGUUUUAUUAUGAAAGGUGGAACGAUGCAUCAGUGCAAACAAUGGCCGCUGCCAUGUUUUUGCCUCGGAGUCAGUUGCACUUUUUCAAUCACAUUGGAUACAGCUUUGAACGUCAAAUGCAUUGCCCAUGGCGUAGCACGGAUCUUGGAACAUGCAGCUGUGACAUUACUUCAGCAACAGGCAAGUGGAUGAGGGUCAUGUGA